UCAGGAGACACGGGACGACACACGGUUAAUAAAAACCUGAGAGAGGGAGGAGAGAGAGAGCGAUGACAGAAGGAAAGACCAGAAAUAGAGAGAACGAGAGGAAAAUCUCAUUGAACAUAAAGAACAUAUUUUCCAAAGGAGACCUGACCAACAUGCCACUAUAAGACACUGGAAAACUCUAACAAGACCUACAGCUGGUCAGCGAGCCUGUACAGGUUGCCUUAGAGACAGAGAAGACAGACAGGAACAACAGAAGCUGAACCUGUCACUUCCUACACCCUCUCUCUCUAACAUAUGGAUUUGGAUGUCCCCAAAAAGAGGAUUUCCUGACAAGCGGAUAUCAAAGAAACUUCCUCAGUUAUAAUGUAUUGGACAAAAGAGAUGGAACAGUAUUUAUGACCAAGAUGGAACGUUUUACAGGACGUACCUGAGCUCCAUGAAUUAUCUCCUUCCGGGAAACAAAGUGGAUAAUCUGACAAGCCAUCUAGAACAGUAUGCCAGAGAGAGUGUGUGGGUUCCAGGGGCAGAGUUACCACAAGCUGAAGAGGGCGUGUCUGCAGCGGGGCAAGCUAUUCAAGGACCCCCUCUUUCCCCCCUCCACUCUGUCACUCUUCUACAAACGAGACCCACCCCCUGGACUCACAUGGAAGAGACCACGGGAGCUGUGUAAGGACCCUCGUCUCUUUGUGGACAGGAUCAGCACAUGGGACCUGCACCAAGGCAGCUUGGGUAACUGCUGGAUGGUGGCGGCCACUUCCUGUCUGGCCUCGGAGCCAUCUCUGUGGAAGAAGGUUAUUCCUGACCACGUGGAACAGGAGUGGAACCCCAAGCGUCCGGACCUGUACGCCGGAAUCUUCCACUUCCGCUUCUGGCGGCUUGGCCGCUGGACAGACGUGGUGGUGGACGACCGCCUGCCGGUCAGCGAGGAUGGAACGCUGAUCUUCUGCCGCUCGGCCACGCCACGGGAGUUCUGGAGUGCCCUGCUGGAGAAGGCCUACGCCAAGUUGAAUGGCUGCUAUGAGGCUCUAGAAGGCGGUAACACAGCAGAGGCCCUCAUAGACUUCACAGGGGGGGUGUCGGAGCCCCUAUGCCUGGACAGGGAGGCCCUCACCCUGCACCCCGACCAGAGGAGGGCGCUGUUCCAGACCCUGGCCAAGGCCCACGGACGCAGAGCCCUCAUCACCUGCUCCAUACGGCCAGCGGAGGGAGAGAGAGUAGAGUCGGUGCUAGACUGUGGUCUGGUGCGGGGCCAUGCCUAUGGUAUCACCGCAGUGAGGAACGUGUGUCUGGGGGAGCGGUCGCUGCUGCCUGGCGGCUGUAGCGGGACGUCCCGUCUCUGCAUGGUGCGCAUGAGGAACCCCUGGGGUACAGCCGACUGGACCGGGCCCUGGAGUCAGGGGUCUCAGCAGUGGCAGCAGGUUGGUCGUGGUGAGAGGGAGAAGAUGGGCCUCAUUGUCAGAGAUGUGGGAGAGUUCUGGAUGGAGUUUGAGGAUUUCUGCCGCUACUUCACAGACGUGGUGGUGUGUUGUCUGGUAGAACGAGCCCUGCUGUGGCCCAGCACCCACUGGAGAGAGGUUCGCUGGUAUGGGGAGUGGGUCCCAGCCCCCAACACUCCCGGGGCCACCCCCGCCAACCUCCUUCCCAGCCGCCAGGCAUCCAAUCUGGGCAAGAACACAGCCAAGCCUGGGGGGGUGAACCAGACUCAGAGAGGGGACCAGAAGGAGGCAAGAUUGGGGGAGAGACGGAGAGGUGGAGGAGGUGGAGGAGGAGGAGGCAGUGGAAGGAGGGACAAGGUGGCUGUAGCGAAGAAGGAGGGAGAGAAGAAGACAAGGAGAAAGGAGGAGAGUGUGAAGAAGGAGGGAGAGGUUGAUGGAGGGUGGGAUAAACAGAUGGAUAAGAGGAGUAGGUGUGGAGGAUGCAUCAACCACAAAGACACCUUUCUACACAACCCUCAGUUCAUGUUCGAGGUGCAGGGAAAGGAGGAUGAGGUGUUGAUCUGUCUGCAGCAGGAGGACAAGAGGAUAAAGAGGAAGGAUGGAGGAGGAGAGAAUCUGCCCAUCGGCUUCGAGGUGCUGAGGGUGAGUCACAGGCACGUCUGCCGUGUGCAGUGUGUGGUGGAGCAGGCUGCCAGCUCUGUGUACAUGGACUCCCGUAGCGUUGCCCUGCGAGUGACCCUGGGCCACGGCCGCUACGCCCUCCUCCCCACCACCUUCCAACCUGGGGCCACCGGACGCUUUCUGCUACGCCUCUUCUCCCAUUCACACCUCAGACUCAGGGAGAUGAGAGAGGAGUUGCCUGCUCCCUCAGUGUGGCAGUGUUGUCUCCCCCAAUCCAGAGUAGUGACCACCGUCCACCUGCGCCGAGGCUGCGGACUCAGCCAGCCCAAACAGACAGCACCAGAUGUGUAUGCUGUGAUCUGUUGUGAGGACGACACCAUAAGAACACGCGUGUUCAAGGAGGAUGGAAAUCCAGAGUUUAACAUGAGGGCCAUUUUCUACAGGAGAUACCCAGACGCACACAUCAGCAUUGAGUUGUGGAGCCGUGGUCUACUUUGGGACACUCUAUUAGGAGGGGCUCGACUCAACACCAGCGACAGCGAGAGAGGGCAGAGCCAGGGGAUUGACCUGCAGGGCGGCCAAUCACGUUCAGGAUACCGGGGAUGUAUCUAUGUGGAAACCUCAUCCAGCGAAUGCCUGAUAGACUUGUGACAUACAGCUGUGGCUUGACCCACCUACUAUACAACCAUGGCAACCACUGCUUUUCUGAAUGAAACAGUGGAUGUGGAUGAGGAUGGAUCCAAUUCAAUAGCUUUGAAGGAAAAUGGA